AUGCCCCACCGCUUUGCCUUAUAUCCCUGCUCCGCUGCCGCGGUGGCGAGCGAUGUCUGCCCCCGUGACUCUCCUCAAGCUGCUGCCGCCAAUCCGGCGAGCGCGCCUCGCCUCUCCACCCUCCUCCAGGAUACCGUUGCGCGUCAGGCGAGCGCUGGACAUCUCUGCUCCUCCCAUCAUGAUAGCGCUGCAGAUCUGGUGAGCGUGAGCCCCUCUCGCUCCUCCCGCCGUGAUACCUCCGCGGAUCUGGUGAACGCGUGCUGUCUCCGCGCUCCUCCCCACGACGCUGCCGUGGAUCUGGCAAGUGGUGACCACUUCCGCGCAUUUCGUCGUGCCACUGCCGCACAUCAGUCGAGCGAUAGCCGCCGUCGCGCCUGUCCUCACGCUGCUGCCGCGAAUCUGGCGAGCGGUUGCCGCCGUCACGUCUGUCCUCGCGCUGCCGCCGCGGAUCUGGCGAGCGGUAGCCGCCGCCGCGCCUCUCGUCACGCCGCAGCCGCGGAUCUGGCGAGCGAUGGUCGCCGCCGCGCCUCUCGUCACGCUGCAGCCGCGGAUCUGGCGAGCGAUGGUCGCCGCCACGCCUCUCGUCACGCUGCCGCCGCGGAUCUGGCGAGCGAUGGUCGCCGCCGCGCCUCUCGUCACGCUGCAGCCGCGGAUCUGGCGAGCGAUGCCCGCCGUUGCGCCUCUUGUCUUGCUGCAGCCGCGGAUCUGACGCAUGCCUCUCGCCACCAUGAUUCUGGUCGUGGUGCUGAUGGGGGCCUCCUCGCUCGCCAGCAUCGGACUGGCUUCCUUGACUUCGGCGUGCAUAUCGCGCUGCUCGCCCGCGCCUUCCUCAUGGGCCUCGUCAUCGCCCUUCGCUUCACUCUCGAGAUCCAUUUCCUGCGGCUUCUCCGCCAUAUCGACCUCGCCCUCCCCAUCCACAUCGAGAUCUCCUUGCCGACCAGAGAAUAG